AUGAGGAGUGCUGCAGUUUGUGUGGCGUUGCUGUUCUGUCUGCAAUGGACAUGGGCUCAGAGUGAGAGAGAAGGGGAGACAGGGAACGAUAUUAUCCAGGCAGAUAGAGGGAACAACAAUAUAGAGGUUCAAUUUGAGCUUCAGGGUGAUCAGAGCAGCAGCCAGACCAGCAUCACCCCUGACAUCUGGACUGAGCUGAAGGAGCUGAGAGACAUGGCCAUCGAACAAAAGGUGGAGCUGAGGAACAGCAAGAGCAAGAUCGAGAAGCUGGAGCAAGAUAAUACAGCCACACAGGCCAGACUGACAGCCAGUGAAAGCAAGAAUGCAGUUUUAGAGGCCAGAAUGAGCGCCAAUGAAAAUGUGAUCAAGGAGCUCCAGAGAGAGAACAUAGUAUUGGGGGCGAGAAUAAGUGCCAGUAACAACAAGGUGGAAGAACUCAGGAGAGACAAUACAGUUUUGGAGGCCAAAAUGAACACCAGUGAAAAUGCGGUCGCAGAGCUCAAGAGACAGAACAUGGAUCUUCUGGCUAGAGUAACAGCAAGCGAAAAUAAGAACACAGUAUUGGAAACCAGAAUGAGCUCCAGUGAAAACGAGGUGGAGGAGCUCAAGAGAGAGAAUGCAGACCGUCCAAAGGUGGCGUUUUCAGUUGGUCUUUCUGACGCGGGAAAUAUUGGACCCUUCAAUACUGACACCACACUUAAGUUCAGUAAAGUCUUCACCAAUAUCGGCCAGGCCUACAACCCAACUACAGGUAUCUUCACAGCCCCAGCCAGAGGAGCCUACUACUUCAGAUUCAAUGGGUGGGGUACACAACAUUCAACUUAUAUAUAUUUUUCACUGUAUCACAAUGACAAGAUAAUUACUAGAGGUUUGGAUGCAAAUGAUAACUUAGGUUAUAUCUCUUUGUCUAAUGCAUUUGUUCUUCAACUGGAAAAGGGAGAUGUGGUCUACAUGGUUCAGAUGUCACACUAUCCUAUUUUUGAUGAUACGUAUAAUCGUACCACUUUCAGUGGAUUUCAACUUUUUGCUCUGUGAAGUCAGCUGUAAAACACCCUGUCCAUUUUUAUUAAGUUUCAACAUCACACUAUUAAAAAUAUGUGGGCUAAAUA